GUCGUCCAGUACUUUUCGCUUAAAAGUAGAUUUUUAAAUUGGCUGCUUACAGAUAUUAUUAAACAAAGGCGUAAUGUUAUAUGAUGGUAUACAAAGAAGCAGGUCAUUCGCCGGAAAGCAAGAAUAAGCUUACCGAGGCUGAACAAAGCAAUAAAGAAGCUCACUGCUCAUCACCUUCGUGUAGUAUCAGAAGUGAAGAGUUAAGUGAAGUGAGUGGUGGUAGUCCAGCAACAAAAAGCCUUCGUAAUAGCCGGCAGUUAAUGCAUUCUACAAAAAAGAAGGAAAAACAUUCGAAAGACCGGGAAGUGUCAUCGAAAAAGCGUCGAAAAUCAGUUUCACCAUCUUUUCAGCACAGUCGGAGGUCAAGGUCGAGAUCUCUUUCUCGCAGUCGGAAAAGAAGGCGAUCUCCUUCUCCGUCAACAAACGGUAAAGUUAGAGAGCAUGAACGUCGUUCGGAUCAUAGAAAAAAUGAUACACGUCGAGACUUGAUACAAACAAAUAGACGCAGUAAUCAGAGCAGGCGUCGUCGUACUCCUCAGAGAUCGUCGAGGCGUUCUGAUAGGCGAGAAGGACGUCGUAAAAGGAGUAGAAGUCGUUCGAGUGUAUCCAGUUCCAGUUCUUCUGAUACUACAUCAUCAAGCAUGAACGAAAUGCGUAUGAAGUCAUCACUUCUUGGUGAAAUUAUGACAAGACAUCAUGAUAAAAGAAUCGAUAGGACUGCAAGGGAAUGGAAGGAAAAACGGCAUAGGCGUAGCCCAGCAGCAAAAAAACGUCCAUCACGUAGACGUGCGCCAUCGUCUGAUUCAUCGACGUCAUCUUCUGGUCGCAGCCCUCCAUCCUCUGCGUCUACAUUAGUGGUGCCGCCACCCCCACCACCAUCAAUUCGGGCAAUUCCAGCGAGCGUUCCGCCACCAGCGGCAUCUUUUAUGCCAGCUGUGCCGACUUUCAUACCACCUCCACCAGCUCCAAUUGGUAUGGAUCCAAAUGCAUAUCAAGUGGCAAUGGCGGCUUAUACUGCACAAUAUGGAUAUGCUGGUCAGAUGGCAGCCUUCACUAUCCCACCACCUCCAUAUUCGCAGCCUCCGCCUAUACCGCCUCCUCCAAUUGCACCGAAUCCUAUCUUACCGCCUCCUCCUUUACCACCCAUGCCUUCAUCUAUGCCACUACCGCCUUGUUUACCUGUUAACACAUCACAGCCUCCUCCACCUGCACCGCCUGCAAUACCUAAUCCAAAUCUUGUGUCAUCGGUAAUUGCAGCUCAUCCUAUACAACGCGAUGCCUCUAUGCCUCCUGUUGCACCUCCACCAGCUCCUCCACCAAUGCCACCACAGCCCAAACGAACGUUCAUACGACCUUUGGUAUUAAAUAAGCGUUUGAAGUUGCGGGAAGAUCCAGAAAACUGGGGUUGCUCAACGGUGGAAAAAUAUGAAAUCAAAACUCAAGUAGGUGAAGGCACAUAUGGACAAGUGUACAAAGCACAUGAUAAGAUCACUCAAGAAGUGGUUGCUUUGAAAAAGGUGCGUUUGGAGAAUGAAAAAGAAGGCUUUCCAAUUACAGCUGUUCGUGAAAUCAAGAUUCUGAGACAGCUCAACCAUCGGAAUGUUGUAAAGCUAAUCGAUAUUGUUACUGACAAGCAAACUGCUGCCGAUUUUAGGAAAGAUAAAGGCGCAUUUUAUUUGGUGUUUGAAUACCUGGAUCACGAUCUUAUGGGCAUACUGGAAAGCCAAUUUGUUGAGUUUUCUGAUGACCAAAUCUCAUCACUCAUGAAGCAGCUUGUUUCUGGAUUAGAGUAUUGCCAUUCGAUUGGAUUUCUCCAUCGUGAUAUCAAGUGUUCAAAUAUCCUUUUGAAUAACAAAGGAGAGCUGAAGUUAGCGGAUCUUGGCUUAGCCAGAUUUUACGAUGAAGAUCAGGACCGUCCUUACACCAACCGCGUUAUAACGCUUUGGUACCGUCCACCAGAACUUCUGCUUGGUGAGGAACGAUAUACAACUGCUGUUGAUGUGUGGAGUGUCGGGUGUAUUCUUGGCGAAUUAUACACAAAAAAGCCAAUGUUUCAAGGAAACACUGAGAUGGUGCAGUUGGACGUAAUAUCGAAACUUUGUGGUACACCAUCGCCGGAAAAUUGGCCUGAUGUAAUCAAGUUACCACUAUAUUGCAGCUUUCGGCCAAAACGUACCUUUCCUCGAGUCUUGCGUGAUGCGUUUGGAUUCAUACCUGAUAAACCUUUGGAUUUACUCGACCGAAUGCUUGAAUUAGAUCCAAGGAAGCGUAUUACUUCAAAAGCGUCUCUUACACAUCCCUGGUUGAAAGAUGUGGAUCCCUCAAGAGUACCACCACCGAAGCUUCCGCAUUGGCAAGAUUGUCAUGAGCUAUGGUCAAAAAAACAGAGGAAAAACCGGUUGGCUAGUAGUAACUUGGUAAUGCCGCAGUCUUCACAAUCACAUGCGCAAUUUGUACAGCAACAUCACCCUGUGCAUCCUUCUAGUUCGCAUCAGUCUGAUUCGAGCACAAGUUUGAGAAGUGGGCCACCACUUUUCACGGCAAGACGAUUGAACAUUGCAAAUUUAUCUACUGAGAGUAAUACAUCUUCAGAAGCUUCAUUAAAAAAUGUAGAUGCAGCAAUUCGAGCAAUUCAGGCCGAUCCAAGCAACUUGGAAGCGGCACGUGCAUUGUUGGCUAAUUUAAGUCCAACGGCAGCAGCAUCUGUUUUACAGCUUGUUAGUAAAAGUGGUGUUUUGCCACCAGCAGUGAUGUCGGCACUUUCAACAUCUACCGCAGAUGCAUCGCAUGCACAUCCACGAAUACAGAACCAACUCAGUGAGAUACUGGGACAGCUUGCAUCAAUGGAACCGAAAGGUAGUAUAUCAGUUACUAUUACAAGUAAUUCUACUUCAAAUGUACCAACAUACCAGCAGACUUCGUCAUUAGCUUUAUGGCAAGUGUCGCUAAACAACAGUGAAUACUUUCAAUACUGA